AUGUUUUUCUUUUUCUUUCUAUAUGUUUGUGUCAAUGGAGAAUUUGAUUACACCGAAUAUGGAGAAUCUGCCGAAUACUCAAACUACCUCAAUCAAGCAACAGCGAUUCGACAAGAGGUUUUCACAACGAGGAAUUAUGAUCGAUAUCUUGUACCAAUUUUUGGACAAAUCCCUUCAAAUUACACAAUGAGCCAAACAGAGCGAUUAAAUGUCCAUUUCAUGCUUUAUUAUUGUAAACUUUUCAAUUUGGAUGCCGAGAGUCAGAUUUUCAGUGCUGAAGUCGAGUUGAAGACGACUUGGCGCGAUCCCCGUCUCGUGUGGAAUCCAUCAAGAUUCGGAGGCGUUGCUGUGAUUUACAUUUCCCCAGAUCUACUGUGGAUUCCCGAUGCACAAAUAGGCAAUGCAAAAGUUCUCGAUCCGGUGAACGGGAACACGAUGCCCGUUGCCCAAUUGCACAGCAAUGGGAUGGUCUUUAUGACAACGGUGUUUUAUGUGGAAACAAGCUGCCAAAUCAAUGCCAACAAAUUCCCGUUCGAUAAGCAGAACUGCACCCUCAGCAUUCUUUCGCUUGGCCUCGAUCAAAAGUACAUCUCGCUUGGAGUUGAGGUCGAUAGAGGACCGAAGACAUUAGGGGGAAACGGCGAAUGGGUGAUCGUUGACGCGAUUCCGAUGCGUUACGAAUCCGUGAGCCUUUCCGCUAACUUGGAAGUGACCGGUUUUUUCAUCUUGAUCAACCGUGUGCCCAAUUUCUACGUUUACGUGAUCGCUCUACCGUGUUUCAUCUUAACGAUGCUUUCAAUUGUGGGAAUGUUUUGGUCACCGAAUAUCAAGAAAGAGCAAUUAACAAAAUUGAGUAUCGGUUUGACAAGUCUCGUCUCGAUGACAGUUUUGUUGGACAUGUUGGCAAGGGCGAUUCCGAAGACUCAAGUUUUUCCAUUGUUAGCCCAAGUCUCCUUGGGCCAAUUUGGCACCAACCUUGCGCCCAAUGGCAGCUUUUGUCCCAGUUGG